AUGCUCCGAGGGAGAUCCAGAGACCGCACUCGCAAAAUCAGCCCUCCUGGACCAGUAUACAUGUCAAAUGAGCAAUUUGCUAGCUAUCUCGCAGAUCUCAGGAACAAUCGUGUCGCUCGUCCAAGCGGUGCCAGACCUCAGCCUCCCAGCAAUAGGCACGAGUCAGAUAGGGGUCUUUCAAAGACACCACAACCGAAUGAACCAAUAGCCUCGCCAUCGAACGAGUUUGCACAACGUUCUAGCAGCGUGUUGUCUCACCGAAGAGCUCGAUCAUCUCUCUCUACAUACUCUUCACCAAACUCAAGAAUUGGCCGUCCGCUUGUACAGCAACCACGCUCACCAGGAGCACCUGUUGUACCUCUGAAGCCUUCUGAGGUUGUCCCAAGUGCCACAUACAUUGAACGAGGCCAAAGAUGGAUGGAGAAAGAGGAAGCAGUAUCUCUGCGAGAGGCCAUGGAAGAUAUGGACUUGAAUGAAGUAGAUGAAGAGGAAAUGAGGAUUCACGCCGCAGCACAAGCGGAAGCUUCGGAAUUAGUCUGGCAACAUCAGCAUCCCGAAGCGGCUAUCAAGCCAGGCGCGCCAUACCGAUAUAAAGAGCACCUGAGAAAGAAUAGUUACCAACAUGCAAGAACUCAAAGCGUUGGUCGCUAUGGGGGGGUUGGCAUGGUUACCGGUCUUGCACGAGACAUUCCAUGCUCAAUCUCUGGGAGAUCAAGCAGCAGCGGUGGAACGCGUUCAGAGCGUAGCCGUGUAUCAAGUGGCGGUUCUGAUGAUUCCCGGUUGGACCGCAAUGUAAGCCCAGACCAUACAGUUCGCAGGUCGGUGGAUUCUUCCCGAGAUAUUGCAACUACUACCUCAACCAAGAAAUCAUACGGUAGUAUUACCAAUGCUAGCAGACCAUCGGCUGCCCCACGCAGGAGUACCAGUGCCAAAAGAAAUAUCAGUGGUGAGAUUGCGGGUACCUUCACGGGCGAGCAGAUCUGGGAGGAACCAGAGCAGGAGGAUACAGAUCGCAGCCACUCCAUCGAUUCACAAGACGCUCCAGCUCCUUUGCGCCUCAAGCCGCGAAAUCCCCUGAACCGUGUCCAGUUUGCACAGGACGUAAUACAGUCAAACAGCACUCCUCCCGAGCCUACUAAAAAGAUCUCGAGGUUCGAAAUCCAUCGAAACCCACCCUCUCAGUCAAGAAAUCCACUCUACACUGCCAAUCCACCCCCACCCCCCCAAAACCCAAAUGGACAACGAGCUGAGACACCUACCAAGAACGGCCUUGAAAUCAGAAGCGACGAGAUCCGGCAGGCUACUAGUAUGCGUCUGAAGGAUCGCAGUCCUAAGCUACCGACCCCUACUGUUGUCAGUGAUAAACCGGGCCGCCCGAUUGUAAGCUUUGAAGCAAAUUGGAAGCCGAAAGAGGCUGAUGUGAAGCCAGAAGUGCAAAGCCAAUCAGGGAGCCGAGGUUCCCAUAUCCAGAGGAGGGCCAUACCUUCUCGAGCUGAUUCGAAGGAUGUCUCGAUCCCUAUCCCGACCAUUCAGCUUCCUGACGCACCCUCAAUCCAAGUAAAUGACGUCCCCGCCAUCUCUGUUCCAACCAUAAAUCUUCCAGAUACAGCGCCAUCUGUCCCUACAAUUAACGUCCCGGACAUACCAAAGAUAUCUGUCUCGACAGCCGACGUUCCAACUAUUAGCAUCGAGUCCAGUGAUACCAAAUCUAAUUCGAGGAGACCCCUCCCAGACCCAAAAACAGCUGCGGGGCGCCCUCCCCCACGUCACCAUGCAAUUGUACCUAAUCCUCGAAGCCAUUGGUCACCAGCCGGUAAAAGAGCAACCGCUACUUGCCAUCAAUGCCAACUUCCAAUCGAGGGACGUGUAGUAGGACUUCGAGGCGCCACAGAAAAAUACCACCCUGAAUGCUUCAUCUGUUUUACAUGUGGAACUGGGCUUGAAGCACUCGAAGUUUUCGAGGAGCCUUCGGUGAUGCGUGACCAGCGUCUUGAUCGAAUUGAACGUCGCGCUCGAGGAGAAUCGGUCCCAGAGAUUGAAGGCCAGACAGCGGAAGAUGAUGGCGAUUCUCGACUUCGUUACUUUUGCCAUCUCGACUGGCAUGAGCUUUAUGCGCCCAAAUGCAAGCACUGCAAGACUCCUAUCAUCGGCGAACAUACUGUCGCACUCGGAGCACACUGGCAUUUCGGGCACUUCUUCUGUGCCGAGUGUGGUGAUCCUUUCGAACAGGGAAUGAGCCACAUCGAGAAGGAUGGAUAUGCCUGGUGUAUAAACUGCCAGACAAAACGCACUGAGAGACGAGCUCCAAAGUGCCGCAAGUGCAGACUCCCAGUCAUCGGUCCUGUGGUCCAGGCUAUGGGCGGGGAGUGGCACGACAAGUGCUUCCGAUGCGUAAGCUGCAACGGUGAUUUCCCGGACAGCGCAUUCUUUCCGAAGGAGGUCGGUAAUGAGACAGUCGUUAUGUGUACGAAAUGCAUGGAAAGGGAGUUGAAGGCUUGA